AUGGCUGGCCAACGCGUGUUCCGAGUAAUCGUGGUGGGCGGAGGCCCAGUGGGACUCGCAGCUGCCUACGCCCUUUACCUCGCUGGCAUUGACUUCCUGGUCCUGGAGCGCAGGUCAGCCAUCGUGGAAGACCAAGGGGCGAGCCUCAUUGUCCAUCCUCAUACCUUAUGGGUCCUCCAUCAAUUCGGUGUUCUGGGGGAGUUAUUAACCCGGGGAGUUGAACUGCAUCACCAUCUAUCGUUUACUGCCAAAGGGUACGUUUUCAAGGAGGGUACGCAAUAUGCCCAAAUGCGCAAGAACCAUGGGUCUGGACCCGUUGCUUUCCACCGGGCCGAGUUAAUCGAGAUUCUAUACAAUGGUCUCCCGCCGGCUGCCCGAGAGAAGAUCUUAACGGACAAGAAGCUCGUCGACAUAGAAAUGCAUCAGGAUGGAGUUACCGUGACGUGCGCAGAUGGGAGCACAUUCGAGGGAUCGAUCGUGAUCGGUGCCGACGGCGUCCACAGCGCAACCCGCCAGUUGAAGCGCACCCUGGCUCUCCAGACCGAUCCCGCCAGAUCCUGGGACCCCGAGCAGCCCUAUACCGCCACCUAUCAGCUUCUCUAUGGCUCAUUCCCGUCGCCGUCGCCAUCCGGACUCGGGUAUGACAUCCAGUCCCAGGACAAGGCGAUUAUGUACUUCAGCGGUCCGGAGCGCGGAUGGUUCUUCUUGUAUAAGAGGCUACCCAGCCCGACCCAAGCGCGAGCCACGUACACCGACCGAGACGUGGAAACGGUGGGCCGAGAGUUUUUCGAUUUCCCCCUGACAGGGACGGUGAAGGUUAAAGAUGCCUGGCCGCGGAUGUUCGGGGCGGGUCUGACGAACCUGGAGGAGGGGAUCGUGAAGCACUGGAGUCUCGAAAGGGUGGUGCUGGUGGGCGAUGCCUGUCACAAGUUGACCACGCAUCUGGGGCUUGGGUUCAACAACGAGGUGCAGGAUGUCGUGGUACUUUGCAACGGUCUUCGUCAGUGCGUCGCGGCAGCUGCUGCCGGGAACCCAAGUGCUGGUGCCCUCGCCGCGACGUUCGAAAAGUACCAAGCAGUUCGAAUGAGCCGUGAAUGCUCGCUGCGGGGCGAUGUGUGGAAAUCCGGCCUCGAGACCCGUAUGCAUACCUGGCAUAAUAUCUGGUACUAUAUUCUGUCGAGGUAUUUGGUUCUUCCUUCCUGGAUCGAGACGGUCGUGAUGCGGUACGUUAUGGGCCCGGAGUUUCGUAAGGGGCAGGUUUUGGAUUAUGUGUGCGCGGAAGAGCCGAUGAAAGGAGGGAUGGCCUGGUUGUAUCCCAUGCAGGCGUAGUAGCGACGACUGCUUGAUUGAGGGAGAUGAUCCCUGCGCACUGG